CUAGCAAUGCGCAGCAUACCAAAAGGCCAUAGGCUCGCGGCUGACAUUUUGGAAAAUUCGAGUGUCAUUUUUGUGUCUCUUUGUGCACCUUCGGAUAUUUUCUUCAUAAAACAAGUUAUUAUGAUGAUUAUUAUAAAUUUCGCUGAUAAGUAUCUCAAAAGUAGCAAAUGUUAUCAAUUUGCAACAAAUUGACGUCUUUUCUGCAAAUCGUUGCAUCGACUAAUUUUUCGUUGCCUCCGUUUUAAAUAAGCGCGAAGCUCUUUGGGUAUGACUCAUAAUGAGAACAGAUCGCAUUGGGUCAAAGAAGCUGCUCUAUCAUGCGGGGCUGGUGUGCUGUUCGGGCUGACAGUUGUCGCAGUUGGUCACCCGCUGGACACAAUAAAGACCAAAAUGCAGGCACAGAAGGGCUUCGAGAGUAUCUCCAUGUCCAAGGCAUUCGCAGAAGUGUUCAGAUCACAGGGGGUAAGGGGAUUAUACAGAGGAUGUGUUCCGCCACUGAUUGGAUCUGGAAUUUACAGGUCCCUUCAGUUUAGUUCAUUUGAAGCGGUCUUCACUUAUUGUGAGGGAACCUGGGCUGCUGAUCCAUUGCCUUUCAUGCUCCACUCAGCCAACGGAGGUCUACAGCCUCGAGUUUUGAUUGGCUGUUUUGUAGCUACGUUUGUCAGGGCAACUAUAGAAACGCCACUAGAAUAUGUGAAAAUACGACGUCAAAUUGGGCAAACUUGGAGAAUAAGGGAGGCUUACAACGGAUACAAAAUCACGUGGCUUCGUACUGCGGGACUAGUUACCACCUACUUCGUCAUCGUCGAUUACGUCAGACGGAAUUAUAAAGAUUUUUUCAGUCGGCCUCUUCUGGGCUCUUUUCUGGUGUCCGGAUGUGCAGCCACUUUUGCAUGGUGGGUUGUGUGGCCCCUGGAAUUAAUCAAAUCCCAAUUGCAAGGAAACUACGGUGAUGCUAAUUUGACGCUCCGUCAGCGAUGUUCAAUUGUGGUGAAAGAACGCGGCAGCAGUCUGGCACUCUACAGAGGCAUAACACCUGGCACUUGUCGGUCACUGCUCUCCAACGGAGCCAGCUUUGUGGUGAUGAGUUAUGCACAGAGGAAAAUGACUCAACUUGGACUUAGAGACUGAUCCAUUUCUGAAAAGUUCCGAGGGAAAGUUCCAGAUCAGUUGCAUGAUAAAAACUCGAAUAACUAAAAGAUUUUU